CUAUAAACCGUACUGGAAACAAUGUCCACAAUCCCUAGUACGUGGAGACAGUUUCAAUUGUUUGAUUUCACUCCCAUACGUGAUCCAAGCUUUCAAACCAAUGAUGCUUUAUAUUCAGAUUCUUCUUUAACAUCCAUUAAUGCCACUAAAUCAUACUUAGUUAUAGCAGUAUCUAAUUCAUAUUUAAAAAUAAUAGAUCCUAAUAAUUUUAUAACUUUAAAGACAUUUUUAGCUUAUGAUAUUGAUUAUACUAUAAGUUUUAUUCGACCAAUUCCAUUAUCUAGUCAAAAUUCAAAUGAAAACCUUUUGGUUACUUUAGCAGAAAAGCAAGGUUCACCAUCAAUUAUGAAAUUAUGGGAUUUAAAUAAAAUUAUUCAUAUUAAUAACAUAGAUGAAGAUGCUUAUAAAUUUAAAUUUCAAACUCAAGCUCAAAUAUCUAAUGGAGAUAAUUCAUAUCCAAUUAGUUGUUUUCAAUGUACUAUUGAUUUAUCAUGUGUAGCAGUAGGUUAUACUAAUGGUAAAGUUAUACUUAUACGAGGAGAUUUAUUAAGAGAUAGAGGGUCUAAACAAAGAUUAAUAUAUGAAUCUAAUGAUCCAGUCACAAGUAUUCAAUUUAAUAAAUUUGAAGAUUUAUUAUACGUUACAACAACAUCAAAGAUUCUUACAGUUAUAACAACAGGAAGAAAUCAAGGUAAACCAUUAAGGAUAUUAAAUAAUAAAUCUGGAGUUGAUUUAAAUUGUACUGAUGUGGAUAUAAAAUCACAAAAUUUGAUUGUAGGGAAACCAGAUUCUAUUCUUUAUUAUAAUCAUAUUAAUCGAAUUCAAACUAUUAAUUUCGAAAUGCCAAAGUCCAGGAUAUUUCGUUAUUCUGAUAAUUAUUUACUAAUAAUAUCUCAUCAACAAGAAGAUUCGGUUAUAUCUACCAAUAAAAAGAAAUUAAUAUCUAGAGUCGUAAUAUUGGAUUUAUUGAAUAAACAUUCUUCGUUUAAUUUAUUAAUCCCCAACAGUCUUAUUAAUCAUAUAUUCAUAAUGCAUGAUGAUAUUUAUUUAUUAUCCAAUGAUGGAGUAUUAUAUAAACUUCAUGAAAAGCCAAUUAAUCAACAAAUAGAAUUGAUAUUACAAAGAAAUCUUUUCCCAGUUGCUUAUACUUUAGCUCAACAAUUUAAAUUAUCUAAUGAAGUAUUAUUAAGAAUUCAAAAAUUACAUGCAGAAUAUCUCUAUGAUCAUCAAGAUUUUGAUUUAUCUAUUGAUAUCUUCAUAAAAUGUUUAAGUUUAUUUGAAAAGGAAGUUACGACUGAAGAAGUUGAUGAUUUUAUUAUGAAUAUUAUUACAAAAUUCAAAGAUUCAGCUAAUAUCCCUAAUCUUGCAAAAUUCUUAUUCGCAUUAUAUGAAUUAAAACUUGCUAAUAAUGAUCAUAUUACAUUAUUAUUGUGUUGUUAUUGUAAAUUGAAGUUAAUUAAUGAAUUGGAUGAAUUCAUUACUGAAUUAAAUCUUGAAGAUAAUAAUUUACAAGAAUUAAACUUUCAAUUAAUAAUUAAUUUGUUCAAAGAAUGUGGAUAUUUCAAACAAGUCAUAAAGUUGUUAUAUAAAUUAAAUCAACCUAACUUAAUAGUGGAAAUUCAAUUGAAUGAAUUGAAUUCAUCGAAAUUCUCUAAACAUAUUGUAAAACAAUGUUUAAAAUAUGUGAAAUCUUUACCAAUAGAUGAAUUAUUGUUAAUUUUAAUUGAUCACUCUAAGAAGUUCUUAGAUUAUUGUCCCCUUGAAACAACAGAAUUAUUAAUUAAAGUAUUUACAUGUAAAUAUCGGGCUAGUGAAGAAAAAUUCGAUCUCUUUAAAGAAGAUAAUCUAAACAAACAAGAACAUGAAGAUAUUAUUGAAGAAAAGGAAAAUAAUUCUACAAUUAAUGAUUAUCGAACAUUUUUGAAUUAUUUAUCAGGAUUAUCAUUAGGUGAAGAAGAAGUUAAAGAUAUAGAAACAGAAACAGAAACUGAAGAGUUUAGUGAGCCAACAUAUCUCCCACCAAAACCUAGUUUGAUAUAUCCAAGUUUCAUUAGUCAUCCAAAUGAAUUUGUUAUCUUUUUAGAAGCAUGUAUUGAAUCCUUUGAGAAGUAUCAAGGAAAUGUUAAUGAUAAAAAGGAUUUAUUAAUUACCUUAUUGGAAAUGUAUCUUUCCUUAAAUAAAUUAAGUGAACAGGGUGAGACGCAAUGGCUUGAAAAAGCUAGAGAAUUAACUGAAGUAAAUUCAACAUUAUUUGAUUCUACUUCAUUAUUAUUAAUUUCUCAUAUAUAUGAUUUUAAAGAAGGAGAAGUGAUGGCAAAAGUUCAAGCUGGAGUGGAAGAAAGUUUAUUUAGAAGUUAUGAAAUCUCUAAUGAUGUAGAAGGUUGUAUUCAAGUCAUAAAGAAAUAUGGAGAUAUUAAGCCUGAACUUUAUAAAAUGUGGUUGAAAUUCAUUAUUUCUAGUCAAGAUGUAUUUGAAAAAGUAUCUAAUGCAGAUUUUAAGUUUGUUCUAACCAAAAUUGUGGAUAAAAGAUUGAUGAAUCCUUUAGAAGUUAUACAAGUUUUAACUGAAAAUCAAAAUGAAUAUGUAACAUUAGGUUUGGUUAAAGAUUUUCUUAUAGAUUAUUUUGAUUCUCAGAAUAGAGAAAUUUCUAAUAAUUCUAAAUUAAUUGAAUACUAUGAAAAUGAGUCUACUAAAAAUAGUCAUAAAUUAACAGAAUUAUUAACAAAACCAUUUAUUAUUCAGAAUAAUAAAUGCUCAUCUUGUCAAUUAAAAUUAGAUUUCCCCGUGAUUCAUUUUAAAUGUAAGCAUUCGUAUCAUCAGAAAUGCUUGGCAGAUAAUAUUAUUGUAUCAGUUAAUAAUGAUAGUAGAAAUUUUCCUGAAGAAGAUAUUAAUAGUAGACAAUGUCCUAUUUGUAGUAAUGAAUUAGAAGAAGUUAGAGCAGUAAGAGCUAGUCAAUUUAAAUCUAAAGACAAUUUCGAAGUGUUUGACAGUGCAUUAAAGGAAACUCAUGAUAAAUUCAAAUUUAUUAGUGAAUAUUUGGGUAGAGGUGUAAUGGAAAAUGAAUCAAUUAUUUUAACUAAUGACUGA